GGACUGGAGCGGGGGCGGGGCAGCGGCGGGAGAUCGACAGCCACGCACAGCCCCUGGGGUGGAGAAGGGGGCCACCCCGCAGGAAUUCAGCCUCGGGCUGGGGGCUGUCACCGAGGUGGACUUUCCACUCUUUGGACCCCUGCACCCCGCCCCUUUCACUGUGCUUCUUAAAGAGAUCACACCGUUUUUCCUUUGACUCCAGGGAAGCCAGACUUGGGACGCCCUGUGGAGACUGACUCUUUCCCUCCCUCAGCUGCCCUCCCAGCCGGCAGCGCGCCCGGCCGACUGAGUGGGGGCCUCCCCGGCAUGGCACUGACCGGCCCCUCUGGUGCUGACUUGGCUCGUGGGCUCCUGCCUCUGAGGGCGUCUUGCUGCCCUGUCCUGGGGCACGGUGGAGAGUUGGGGGCCCAGCCCUGAGCGUUCCAGGGGUGUCGCCUGUGCCCCCGUCGCCCUCUCCCCCCAAGCUGGAGGACGGAGAGGUGGUCAGGGGCUAUGAUGAGAUGAGCGGGGGCCGCUUUGACUUUGAUGAUGGCGGGGCGUACUGCGGAGGCUGGGAGGGGGGCAAGGCCCAUGGACACGGGCUAUGCACGGGCCCCAAGGGCCAGGGCGAGUACUCCGGCUCCUGGAAUUUUGGCUUUGAAGUAGCGGGAGUCUACACCUGGCCCAGUGGAAACACCUUCGAGGGGUACUGGAGUCAGGGCAAACGGCAUGGGCUGGGCAUAGAGACCAAGGGACGCUGGCUGUACAAGGGUGAGUGGACACACGGCUUCAAGGGACGCUAUGGAACCCGGCAGAGCAGCAGCAGCGGCGCCAAGUACGAGGGCACCUGGAACAAUGGCCUACAGGAUGGCUAUGGCACCGAGACCUAUGCUGAUGGAGGGACUUACCAAGGCCAGUUCACCAACGGCAUGCGCCACGGCUACGGCGUGCGCCAGAGUGUGCCCUACGGGAUGGCCGUGGUGGUGCGCUCGCCGCUGCGCACGUCGCUCUCGUCCCUGCGCAGCGAGCACAGCAACGGCACGGUGGCCGCGGACUCGCCCGCCUCGCCCGCCCCGGACGGCCCUGCGCUGCCCUCGCCCGCCAUCCCGCGCGGCGGCUUCGCGCUCAGCCUCCUGGCCAGCGCCGAGGCGGCGGCGCGGGCGUCCAAGGGCGGCGGCCUCUUCCAGCGCGGCGCCCUGCUGGGCAGGCUGCGGCGCGCCGAGUCGCGCACGUCCCUGGGCAGCCAGCGCAGCCGCGUCAGCUUCCUCAAGAGCGACCUCAGCUCGGGCGCCAGCGACGCCGCCUCCACCGCCAGCCUGGGCGAGGGCGCCGAGGGCGCCGACGAGGCCGCGCCCUUCGAGGCCGACAUCGACGCCACCACCACGGAGACCUACAUGGGCGAGUGGAAGAACGACAAGCGCUCGGGCUUCGGCGUGAGCGAGCGCUCCAGCGGCCUCCGCUACGAGGGCGAGUGGCUGGACAACCUGCGCCACGGCUACGGCUGCACCACGCUGCCCGACGGCCACCGCGAGGAGGGCAAGUACCGCCACAACGUGCUGGUCAAGGGCACCACGCGCCGCGUGCUGCCGCUCAAGAGCAGCAAGGUCCGCCAGAAGGUGGAGCACGGCGUCGAGGGCGCCCAGCGCGCCUCCGCGAUCGCGCGCCAGAAGGCGGAGAUCGCCGCCUCCAGGACGAGCCACGCCAAAGCCAAAGCCGAGGCAGCGGAACAGGCCGCCCUGGCUGCCAACCAGGAGUCCAGCAUUGCCCGUACUUUGGCCAGGGAGCUGGCUCCAGACUUCUACCAGCCAGGUCCGGAAUAUCAGAAGCGCCGGCUGCUCCACGAGAUCCUGGAGAACUCGGAGAGCCUGCUGGAGCCCCCCGACCGCGGCCCGGGCGCCGCUGGCCCCCCGGAGCGGUCCCGCGAGAGCCCGCAGCUGCACGAGCGCGAGACCCCACGGCCCGAGGGGGCGACCCCGUCGCCGGCCGGGACGCCCCCGCAGCCCAAGCGGCCCCGCCCGGGGGCGUCCAAGGACCGCCUGCUGAGCCCGGGCACCUGGAACGGCGAGCCGGGCACCGAGGGCGGCCGGCCCCCCACGCCGUCCGAGGGCGCGGGCCGCCGCAGUCCGGCGCGCCCGGCCACCGAGCACAUGGCCAUCGAGGCGCUGCAGGCGCCGCCCGCGCCGUCGCGGGAGCCCGAGGUGGCGCUGUACCGGGGCUACCACAGCUACGCCGUACGCACCGCGCCGCCCGCGCCGCCGCCCUUCGAGGACGAGCCCGAGCCCGAGGUCUCCGGGUCCGACUCCGCGCCCUCGUCCCCGGCCAGCGCCCCUGGGCAGGCCCCCACGCUCCGAGGCCCCGAGUCCGCGCCGGAGACUCCCGCCAAGCUGGAGCCCAAGCCCAUCGUCCCCAAAGCCGAGCCCAAGCCCAAGGCCCGCAAGACUGAGACCCGAGGGCUGACCAAGGCGGGCGCCAAGAAGAAGGCUCGGAAGGAGGCAGCGCUGGCGGCAGAGGCCGAGGUGGAGAUAGAGGAGGUCCCCAACACCAUCCUCAUCUGCAUGGUGAUCCUGCUUAACAUCGGCCUGGCCAUCCUCUUCGUUCACCUCCUGACCUGAUUCUCGCCUACCAGAGGCAGGAGUUCCUGCUGAGGACUGAGGACACGAGGACCCAUCUUUUUCCAGUGCCAGGCAGGCUGGCCAAGGAGGACUGGACCCUGGACCUGGGGGUUCCAGCACACAUCCGUGCCGCCAAGAUUUAGUGCCUCCCUGGCGCCCAUGCUGGUGGCCGUGGUGCCCUGAGGAACAGAUCCCAUUGGGAAUCCUCCAGGAGCUAUCCGCCCAGCACAGGCGAAGCCCCAAAGGACAGCCUGGUCCCUCAAGCUCCCCGGUCUGCUCCUGUUCCACAUCCUCACCCACUCUUUCAUUGCACAGCAAGGUUUCCCCCUCCCUGGGCUUUUGUGUGCCUGGGGAGAAGUCACCAAACCAGGAUGUUAAUAUUAACUGCCUACCCCCUUCUUUCUACCCUUCCCUCCACUUUAUUUUAACUUUCUGGCUGCUGCUGACCCCCCAAGCAAGCAGAGGGAGUGACAGGUCCCUGCAGUGGGCAAGUGAGGAGGACCUGCUCUCUGUGCAGAGGCCCUCCUUUUGCAGUCUUGACCCAGCACACACACUGCCCCUUGCUUAAAGAGGUUUGGAUGACAAUAGAGGAUGUGGGCAGGCUCCGUUUGAAUACAGGGCUCCUGUCUCCUCCCACCAGUCCAGUUAGCUUCCCAUCUGGACCAAAAGCCGAGGAGGAGACACGAGGAAUUGGAGCCUUUGGCUGGGAAGCCACUGGGUAGGUGGCCAUGGGGUGGGUGGGAAGAAGGGCUGAGGGGCCAUUAGGAUGGCCCCUGUUUGUGAGUGUGCCCAGGCCUAAGGCUGCAUUGCAUUUAGGGCUUCCAUUGUGCUCAGGAUGCUCAGAGGUCACCCUGCAGGAGCCCUGGGGCUGAAAUAAAGCUACCGUGAUGCGCUCUGAAUUGGUUUUUCUGCUUCCCCAAUGAGGACCCACAGCAGGCUCAAGGGAGCAUGAACAUGGAAGCCCUUGGAAGCCAGGCAGAUUUCCCUGGGGAAGACUCUCAGGAAGGUGCUAAAGACAGGCUGCUGAUCAGCAUGCACUUCCCAGGGAGAGAGGAGCUGGUCUGGGACUCCCACUGGGCUUGCUGACAGAAGAUGGUAUUUGCACGUAGCUCUUUACAGGUGUUUUGCAUCACAGUGGGUCUCUGGGCCCUUGUGCUUGCUGGGAUUGGUUGAAGGCUGAGGGCUUGUGGCCCACCACCCAUGCGAGGAUGGAGAAGAAGGGUUUCCAGGCCCCUCCAAACCCAGAGAAGGACAUGGCGGUGGCAUCCAAGCAGAGCGCAUGGAGCUGCGUGUGGCCCGGCCUCCCCAGGGCAGCUCUGCGAACUGAAGUUUGCUUCUGAUAGGGUCAGCUUUCCCCUUCCCUUCAGUGCUUGGGAAACGUCCUCCAGCUUCACACUUGCUGUUUCAAGCCCUGCGGGGGCCUUGUGGUGUGGCUGGAAUCUUGGACUGCAUUUCUGUGGAGAGGAUCCUGCAGAUUCUCCCAUCCUCCGCUAGCCAGGGCCCGAGCUCCGCACCUGUGUUUGGGCUUUUCUGGACUCUAGGGAAUGAGAGGGGCGGGCCGGGAUGCUUCUCAGGGCUGACAGGCUCCAGGCCUCAGCCUGAGGUCAUUGUCUGGCCCAGUGCUGGGGCCUUUGGCUGCUGGAGCUCCUGGGCCUAGUUUUGGGACUGGUGUUGGGGUUGAGGGUUCAGGAUGCUGCAGUCUGUGCAACAAUAAACCUGCAUCUGCUCACAGGC